AUGCCACAUUUAUAUGCUAUGGUAAGGAAACUUGUCCGUGCCGUGAACAAAACGGUCCAUCCCGAUAGAAUCUACAUGUCUGCAGACAUCUCUGUUCACUCCAUUGAAACCGCGUAUUCCCCAAGAAGGAGGCAAGAGCAGGAGGCUGACGAGAGAAGCGGGGUCUGCAUAUACACUGGCUCAGGAUACCCUCUGUUCGAGAUAUAUCGAGAUCCAGCCCCAACAUCGCUUCCCUCCUUCUCGUGUUCCAUUGGCGGGAAGGCGUACGAUACAGACUCAGCUUUAACAUGUGCUUCUACCCUUGGCACAAAUGCGACUCCGGUUUACAGUGCUAGCGAUAUCGAAGACUUGACCGAUGACGAGGGGCCAAACGAAGGGGACGACGACGACAUGUUGUAUAGUAAUGGCUUCCCUCUUUUGAGAGUGUCGAUACGAGCAAAAGGUCGACCGGUGCACAACACAACGUCGGACAGGCUAGAUCUAGGGACGAUUCUGGAGGGAAUGGACGUGGGGAAUGCCGAGGAAAGUAACGACCAGAGGAGAAUAGCUGAGAUUGCCGAGGAAGAAGCAGGCCGGCAACAGCAGCAGCGAGACGAAAUCCGAGCCUACCAGAUGGAGUUUCCAACCAUCUUCGACGAGGACUUUGUGGAGAUUCUACUUUCGGAAGAGGUGGUGUUUGACCCUCUGACCAACACAAGCAUUAUCGAAGAGCAAUUGCUGGUCACUCAGCACCCGAAUUUUAUCGGUGUUUCGUUCCAGCCCUACACAUACACGCAUUUCAACCACGGCGAGGAGAAUAAUAUGCAUGCGGAAGCAAACAUUAACACACUCCCCGACCUGAACUCCCCGGAGUACUACAGUUUGCAAGAACAAAGGUAUCUCACCAUGCAAUUUCGCCGGUACAAGAAUGGCUGGAGACCUAGUAGCAGAGUCUUGUACCAACUAGAAGACAAUGAGAUAAACCGGCUCCACAAUUCCGGGUCCACAAUCACUGUUGGCAUAUUCAACAGAGUAGACUUUCACAACAAUCGUUUGGUUAUGUUUAUAUAA